AGCUGCGGUUCCGUACCUCAGUCCCGCUGACAGCCCGUCCGCUCACAGGCUCCGCGUGACGGGGUCCACGGAGCGUCAGACCGGCCGCUGGUUCUUUUGGACUUUCCACUUCUCAAGUCUCGGGUUCGUUGAAGACGUCCAAAAUAAGCCGAAGAGCAGCGGGUGAACAGCUAUUUAAAGUCGGUUUGGUCUACCUGAGGCAGCGCGGGUGGUUCACCGAAUAGGAGCGUCCAUCCCCGGCUGCCAACGCCGCGUGUAGCACCUUCCUCACCGGGUCCAGUUUGCGAGGAACCGGUGCGUGGAAGUUCUACGUGGAGGCUUCGGGCAUUUCAGAAGAGACGAGAAACCUCCAGUGAAGCCGGUAUCUAUGGAGCCGCUGCUGACUGCUGGUCUGAGGGCUGCGCUCGUCUUCAUCCUCCUCCUCCUCGCUGCGGGUACAAGUGAACAUGAUCUAUACCUGAGUUUUUGUGGGACUUGGCGCCAUGACAGCGGCGCCCUGAGCCUAAUCGUCAACCUCUCCACGGGCUGCAGUGAGAUCUCCAUCUCAGCGGGGCAGAGCUCCUUGUCCAUCGACGGGCAGAUCACGGCUGGGUGCAGCCGGUCCGAAGUGAUUCCCCUCAAGCAGCUGGGCCUCGAGUCCCAGGAGGAGACUCGCUUCUGUCUGUACUGGGAGCCACUGCUGGACCAGUUGAAGCUGCAGGUGGGAGGGAAGAACCUGAGUCUGUGCUGGCCCAGAAGUGUGCAGGGCCUCUGCUGCACCGAUCUGUCCAACAGCGGCAAGGCACCCGUGGCAAUCUAUGGCAUCACCGAUGGAACCAUCAAGAACGAUUUGUUCACGCACGAAACGCUGGAAGCAUACAAGUUCAUAGGAGAGUCCACCGACUGCAAAUCAUUAUGUGACCAACAGAGCCGGGGAUCCACCCACGUCAACGUGGAGCCGGCUGUAGGGAAUGUGGAGCAUCUGUGUGCUCACAGCUCUGAGGUGGACAUGAAGGAGGGUUUCAGAGGUCACAACGUCACAGCGGCUGCCACUAAAGGUGUACCGGCAGAGUCCAGUACCACCGUCCACCUGCCCCCCGCUCUGAAGACAGCUGCCACAAAGACCAGCAAGGUCGUCUGCACUUUCUUCAACAACAACUCCCUGUUCCAGGAGGGUCACAAGGAGAACAGGCUUUUCAACGAAGUGGUGGGAAUCACCGUGGAGAACGAGGUCAUCGCUAAUCUGUCUGAGCCAAUCACGAUUGACUUUCACCACGAUGUCAUACCUCAACUCCAUUCGAAGAAAUGUGUGUCCUGGGACACCAGGAAAGAUCCGUUGCAGGUGAAUUGGUUGGCUGACGGAUGUGAGACGCGACAGAAAGGAGCGAAACACACCGAGUGUCUCUGCAACCAUCUGACUUACUUCUCUGUGCUGGUGCAAAUGGAGCCUCGCCCAGUGCGCCACCUCCUGGCCCUCACCGCCAUCACAUCUCUGGGCUGUGCUGUGUCUGUAAUCAGCUGUGUCGCUGUCUUCAUUUUCCUCUGCAGGAAGAGCAGGCGGUGCAAGGAGCAGUCCAUUCCCAUCCACAUGGGCUUAGCCGUGUCUCUCGGCCUCCUCAACCUGCUCUUCUUCUUCACCGGGGUCCUGGCCAACGUGGGAGGGGAGAGGCUGUGUGUCUGGGUGGGGGCAGGCCUCCACUACACGCUGCUCAGUUCCUUUACCUGGAUGGGCGUGGAGGUGUUCCACACCUUCUGGAUGGUCCACGUGGUUUUCAGCCCCUCCCCGAAGGCCUGUGUGUGGAACCUGGUCGGGUUCGCUCUACCUGCACUGCCCGUAUUCAUCCUGGCUGCCGUGGGGGACAUUUACGGAGUGAGAGAGGUGGUGCCAAGCGAUGACGUCUCCAAUCCUUAUCGGAUGUGCUGGAUGAAAGACACCCCCAAGGCCUUGCUGGCCCACUACUUCACCAACAUGACAGCCGUGGCCGUCCUGGUGAUCUCGGGCUUAGUGAUGCUCUUCCUGGUCUACAGGAAGAUCCGCAUCAGGGACGAAUGGAGGCAGAACCGUGUGGCUUUUCUCAGCAUCUGGGGCCUCAGCUGCCUCUACGGGACAUCUUGGGGUCUGACCUUCUUGGACUUUGGACCCCUCUCUGACGUUAUCCUCUUCCUCUCCUGCGUCCUCAACGCUUUUCAAGGUUUCUUCCUGAUGCUGCGGUUCUACAUGCUGGCCUGGAUGCGGAAGCAGGCCGGCGGCUCGGCUCUGGGCAGCACCAGCACCGGCUCCACCCGCCAGCACAUGCUACAGGCCCCGGAGAAGAGCUAGACGGGCCGCCGGCGCUGCAGCCCGCUGUGCCGGCUGAAGAGCUCUCAGUGACCCCCCACCUGUCCUCCCUCUGGCUGCUAAAUGCAAGCGCAGCUCAUGGGAGCACCACCUCAUUGAUGCACCACCUCAUCCACUUUGAUGCACUUAGUCAGUGUCUUGGGUUCAGAUGGUGUUAAUUUGGCCGUUCCAGUGUUUUCUCCAAGAAAAGCUGAAAACUGAGGGGAAACACUGAUCAUCACAUGUUGGAUCCACUUGGCUUCGGUUGAUUAAAGCCACAGAUUGCACCCGGGUGGAGAUGAGCUGACUGUAAUCAACCACUGAGCCGUCAAAUUCACGUUCACCAGGACAACGGAGGAGAUGAGACUGUCACUCAGGAAAAAAACACCUAGACCGAGUCUAGUAGAGAAGGGAGAGAAUUUAUUUGAAAUACUCAUUUGUAAACUGUAUGUGAAGCUUUUAAAUGCAGACAGGGACACGUGGGGAUGUUAAAAGAUUACAGGUUACUGUGCUGUGAUUUCCCUUUUAUUGAAUUGAAAAUGAUCUAUAUUAUUAUUGUUGUCGAAGCACUCCUUGAACCUUAGAUAAGCUUUUUAUUUUUGUAUUUGUACUUGUAUGAUUUUUUUAGCACUUUCGAUUUUCAAUCUUUUCAAAACAACUACUUAGUGAGUUGUGUUUUAUAUUGUUUUAAUAUUCUUAAUAUGACAUGUGCAUAGUGGAAUAGAUAGCUGAAUGUUAAUAAUAGAUGACAGAAUUCAUUUUUCAUUUUUCCAGUCCAUAUUUAUACCUUCAGUCAAAAUAAUUAUUAAAAAAAAACAUAAUUUUUAGGCCUUUAUCCUCCAAAUGGACCAAAAUAGAGUUGAUUCAAACGAUCUGGUUGGACGAAUGCGGUCCUUUUAGAAUAUAGAUUUCUUCUUCGUGAUUGUAUCAUUUGGCCGAAUAUUUCAUGUGAGAUUUUUUAGAUACUGUGAUAUUUGCACUUUUUGUGGAUUUACUGAGGCGGUAUGUUGUCAUUUAAAUGAUUGUGCAUAGCUGCUUUUUGUGGAUGAAAAAAGACAAUUAAUAAAAGUCCUUUGAGUGUAACA